AAAUAACAAGAGGCGUCAGAGGUUACCUGCACGUCAGCACUUUUUAUUCAGCGAACAAAUUUCCAAAUAGUACGGUACUAAUUGUAGUAAAAUCUAUGAUAGUGUGUAACUGAUGAUCACCAGCAAUUCCGUGUGUUUUGUACAAAAGGACAGUUUACACAGUAAUCGGAGUGAUAUAGAGCGCUUCCAAGCUAGGGCGGUACGUGUUUCCUAUGGAACUGCUUAAUAUAUUGAUCAGGUCUCAGUUGUCAGGAUGCAAAACUGCAAUGAUAGGCAGUGUCUGUAGAAGAGAUUCACUAAUUUGUAAAUCAUCUGCCAACACAUCAGAAAGUGAAAGCUAUUCUGACAGUGUAGACGACUCCAAACCUGUAAAUUUCUCUGUUACUGUUCAAGAUAAUAAGACAGUUGAUGAAGCUCUAUCCUUGGUUGAUGAUUUCUCUGACACAAAAUUUAGCUUAAACCAAAAAUGUAUACUUCCAGAAGGUUACUGUUCUGGAGAAGAAGAGGAAGGUGAAGAUCAACAUUUUGGGCAUAGUGAUGCCAAAAAGUUUAAAGCUCAGAGAUGCAUUCAUUAUUUAAAAAGCAGUGAUGGAAAGAGAAAUGAGACUGAAAGAUUGAGCCCAGGCUCCACUGAUACAGGGAAGCUCAGCCCUAAAGCAAAGGCCAAGAAAAAACGACAUAAGGCACUCACAAUUUGCACAUCUACUUGCAAGUAUGAAGUAGUUCGUCGAGUCGCAAGAAAGUUUGGCAUGAGAGAUGUUUCGGAGAAUGAACCAUGGAAUGUAUAUUGGACUGAUUUGUCAGUAUCCAUUGAAAGAGCAAAGGAUAUGAAGAGAUUCCAGAAGAUUAAUCAUUUUCCUGGAAUGUCUGAAAUUUGCCGAAAGGAUCUGCUUGCUCGUAAUCUUAACAGAAUGUUAAAAAUUUUUCCAAAAGAUUACAACUUCUUUCCAAAAACUUGGAGUCUUCCUGCGGACAUAGCGGACAUGUUAUCCUAUGCUCGUUCAAGACGUAAUCGGACUUACAUUUGCAAACCAGAAUCUGGUUGUCAAGGAAGAGGAAUAUUUAUAACCAGAAGUUUGAAAGAAGUCAAACUAUUUGACAGGGCAAUCUGUCAAAUCUACAUAUCGAAGCCAUUUCUGGUGGAUGGAUUCAAGUUUGAUCUCCGACUCUAUGUUUUGAUUACAUCUUGUGAUCCGCUUCGAGUAUAUGUUUACAAUGAUGGCCUUGUCAGAUUUGCAACAUGCCGGUAUCGAGAACCAACUCCCAGUAAUACAAGCAACGUGUUCAUGCAUCUGACAAACUAUGCUGUCAAUAAGUACAGUCGUACCUAUGUUGUGGAUGAUGAAGCAGGUAGCAAAAGAAAGAUAUCUUCCUUAAACAAAUGGCUGGAGAAAAAAGAGUAUAAUGUUGAAGAACUUUGGCAGAACAUUGAUGAGGUCAUCAUAAAGACAAUAAUUGCUGCUCAUCCUGUCCUAAAACACAGUUAUCAUGCUUGUUUUCCGGGUCAUGACUACACAUAUGCUUGCUUUGAACUUCUGGGUUUUGAUAUACUAUUGGAUUACAGGAUGAAACCAUACAUUCUUGAGGUAAAUCAUUCUCCAAGUUUUCAUACUGAUGCCCAGAUUGAUCGAGACAUAAAGGAGAAUCUUCUAAUGGACACAUUUAAUAUUUUGAACCUAUGUCAAAUGGACAAAAGGAAAGUUAUGGAGGAAGACCGAAAACGCGUUCGAGAAAGGCUCCUUCAAGGAAUACUUCAUAAGGAUCAGAGUAAUGACCAUCAUAAUGGGCCAUCAAUUGCAAACAAGAUUGCAAAGCAGCAGGCAGCAUGGGAAGAAAAGCAUACAGGAAAUUUCCGAAGAAUAUAUCCAAGCAACGACAGUGAAAAGUAUGAGCAGUUCUUCAAUCAGACACAGAGCUCUGUUUUCCAAGACACAGCAGCUUCAAGAGCUCGUGAGGAAUGUUCCCGCCAACAGAGAGAGGAGAUAGAGCUGAAAGCCAAGGAAGAAGCAGCAAGACGACCAGGUGCAAAACCAAGAGACUGUGAUCAUGUGCAACCAGAAUCUCCUAUAAUUCAAGACAGCAAUAAGAUAAAAGUAAUACAGCCUCCUCCAAAGAAGAAACAUCCUGCCCCCAUCCAGAUCAGAAAGUCUGAAGGCAAAAAGUACAUUUUAAACUCAUUUGAGCCAGGUAUUAUCGAUGACUCUGAAGAGAAAGACCGAAUUACAAACAUGGCUCAGCGUGAUUUUUUGAUUCGCAGCUAUGGAAUUACAGAACAGAUCUACAAAGCAAUGAUGAAAAAUGGUACUUUGCGACCUAUUGAUGAACAGAAAUAUGGAUUGUAUGGCAAAUUGGGAUACAUAAACAAGAUGAUAACAGCAAAUGCACGACGAUUCCCUCUAAUGACUGGAACACAGUGCGCAAAAAUGCAAUCUGAAGAAAAAGUACGAAGUAUGUUGUUAGAAACACAGACUGAAGAUGAUACUUUUCUGUCUGGAUCCCUUUUCCACAUAUCAGAUGCUAUAAAUGUGCAUCCUUUGGCAGGUCUGAAAGUGACUUGCAACAAUGUUCCAAUUCUCAAUCGGCCACAGAUAUCACAAAAUGUCUAUGCAGAGGAAAAUGGAAAAGAAGGAGAUAUCCGUUCGACGAAGACUCAGGCGGUUCGUUGUCUGACUAAUACAUUCAGAUUACAGGAGCUUGAGAAAAGAGAGCACCACCAACAUCAAUGA